GGACCUACUGUCAUAUGUUUCCCCUUCCCACGAAUUAGAGUUUAAAUCAGAGCCACUACGUAGGUCCAAAGGAUCUACCUCAACCGACUGACCAGCCAGGACAAAGUCCUGCGUUCAACUGGCCACCCGUAGUACCAGAUUAUUUGUUGAUCUGGUUCGGCUCCGUGUCAAAUCAUUCCAACUAGAUGAUAGUCCCGCAGACUAGAGAUACUGGUAGGUGAAUAUAUAUUAGUUAGUUAUUCUAUUUAUAAGGAUAGUUAUUAUAAAUCCCAAGAGAUUUUCCACAAAAAUUUACAAAAUUUAUGUCUUCUUCAAGUCAUUUUCUGAAGGGGAGUAUGUAUGAAGGCUAGGGUCAAACUAGGCCCGAUCGUUACAUACAUAAAUCAGCAGUGUCAUUUAGACUUUUACAAAAAACUAAGUUUUGCUGAUUUUUGACAUACUAGAACAUUAACCAUAAUUAUGGACAUAAAAGCCACAUUUGGGGGUAAGGUUGUAUGAGUACUAAGCGAAAUAAUGAAGCGAUUUUAACCAUUUUCAAUUGCGUUUGUCUUUGGACCAAAAGAAAUGCAUUUACUAAAUUUCAUUGAAUUAUCUUGAAAAUUGUCACAUAUAGCGUGCAUAAAAGCUUUCAUGGACAUAACUAAAACAACUCAGAAAGUGAUUCUUAGCUUAUUGGUAUACUUUAAGUUGGGUGUCGGACUUAUAUUUUUGUGUGUUACAAACAUCAGCACAAACGCAAAUUAGUAUCCCUAAUGUAGUGUUGUAGGGUAUAAAAAUAACGAAUAAAUUUUUUAAAAAAUAAUAAUGAACCUACUUCUUAAGAUAAUUUCCGGUUAAGUAAAAUUAUUUUAUUUUCAACAGAGUUGUAUUUAGUAGAUAAUAGUAUGAAAACAACAUCAAAACAACACACAUUUUAGAGUGGCAACACUUUUCAACUAAAAACGUUGCGCAUGCUUAGAUAGUUUAAUUUAAAACACAGGUGGUUAAAGGUUUUUGCGGUAAACCAGGUGGCUACAUUAUUAUUCUAACAUGUUUUUUAUAUCUUUUUCUUUUUUAAGCCAUAAUAUAAACUGUUGGCUGAUUGCCCAAAGAAAAAAAAAACACAACUCUCUUAGCUGGUUCAAAGCAACCAAUCUAACCAACUUAAACAUUCAUUAUAUUUUCUUUCUUUCAUUUCGUUCGCUCGUUCGUUUGUACGUUCGCAUUCUACACUAUUUUUGCGUGUACAAUAUAGACAAUAAUUUUUUAUUUGGUUUUUUUUGUGUUGUUUAAAUAACUUUCACUUUGUGUGCACUUGGACGAAAAUCAUAAAUUUUUCCUAUUUUUUUUUAACUAAUAUUUGAGUACUAGUUUAUACUAGUACUAGUUAAUAAGUUGUAAUUUAGUUAUUUUAUUUUUGUGGAAUUAUUGUGUAUUGAAUGAAGAAAACAGAAGACAUUGCAGUGUUGUUGCGUGUAUGUGUGUGUGUGUGUGUUUUUUUAAACGAAUUUGAAUUUUUCCCCAAAACAAGGUCAUACGCAAAACUAACAACUUUAUAAAUUAAUAAUAAAAAUAAUAACUAAACGACAAAUAAAUAAUAAUAAUAAAAUAUACUUUGAAUAUAUAAAUAAAAGAAAGAAAAGAAAACAAAAACAAGUACAAGAAGAAAUUAAUACGUGAUUAAAAUUUAAAUUAAGUUUUAUUACUAAAGAAAGGAAAACGAAUUAUAAGAAUUGUUUAAAGUAUAAGGUGUUUGUUAAGUUUUAAUAAAAUUAAAGAAACCAGAAUAUUCCUACAAAUUGGAAAAGUUUUACGACAAAAAAAUAUUAAUAAAAAAAAAUAUUGCUGUUGGUUAAUGUGUCAAGUUGAGCACGAGCAGCAGCACCAACAAAACGAAUGAGUGUGUGUGUUCAUAUUAAUAAAAAAAUUAUAAAUAAUAUUUAAGUUUUCUUUAAAAAAACAUAUUUGCAUAAGAAAACGCCCACAACUUAAGACCAAAAUAAGUAACAUAAUUGAACGGUAAAACUAUCCAACCAACUAAAUAUCCGUCCGUCUGUUUGACAAACAGCCAAACAACAUAGUCAGCUAGCCAGCCAGCAAACCAACCAACAAAUCACUUAGCAGUUAUUAAGUUGAGUUGUUAAAUGUGUUUUUGUUUUUGGACGGAACAACUUAAACUACGAAAUCAUAUCAAAAUCAACAAGGAAUAAAAAAAAGAAAAUAAUAAACCUCAAUAAAUAUGACAUCAAAAUAUGAACGCAUUAAAACAGAGUGUCGUACACGUAACACUCUCUGGGAAGAUCCUGAUUUUCCUGCUGUACAACAGUCUGUUUUCUACUAUCAAACACCACCAUUUACGUUUCAAUGGCGUCGCAUAUCCGAAAUAGCUGAUGCUCCAAAUGCCUGUUUUGUCAAUGAGACAGAAAAUUUUGAUGUUAUACCCGGUAAAAUGGGUGAUCGUUGGUUAGUUUCGUGUCUAGGUGUUCUACAUUCACUGCGCAAUCUCUUCUAUCGUGUUGUACCUGCCGAUCAGAGUCUGGACAAGGCUAAUGGUGUUUUUCGUUUUCGUCUUUGGUGGUGCGGUGAAUGGGUGGAAGUUUUAGUUGAUGAUCGUUUGCCCACCAUUAAUGGACGUUUGGCUUUUCUCCAACCUCAAACAUCUAACUGUUAUUGGGCCUCUUUGCUGGAAAAGGCCAUUGCUAAAUUGCAUGGUUCUUAUGAGGCUCUUAAAUAUGGCACACGUUCGGAUGGCCUCAGUGAUUUACUGGGUGGUGUUGUUCAGUGUAUACCCCUUAAGGCUACCAGUACUACAGAUUUGGUAAGGCCUCAACAGUUGAAAUCUCAUUUGGAUACCACUUGCAUUGUUACCUGUAUAGCUGCGACAAGUGCUGCCAUGGCUCAGCAUAAAAAUACACCUGAACGUCUACCGAAUGGAAUAAUACUUAAUGUUAACUACAGACUCUGUUCACUGGAUAAAGUUGAAACUUUACUCGGUGACGCUGUACAAUUGGUGCGUAUUAAGGAUCCAUUAGCAUGUAAUGCUUUUGCUAACAACAAUGACUACGAGGGCGAUUGGUCGGCAAUGUCUCCAACAUGGGAACGUGUCUCGGUACAGGAACGUGAUCGUUUAUUUGGCCAACUAGAAGUGGGAGAAUUUUGGAUGUCAUUUUUGGAUUUCACACAAACUUUCUCCAGUCUGGAGGUCAUUUAUCUCGAUGCCGAUACAGCUAAAGAUGAACUCACACUACAGGAUCGACCGAAACGUUGGCAAAUGAAAAUGUUUCAGGGACAAUGGAAACGUGGUGUUACGGCGGGUGGUUGUCGUAAUCAUGAAUCAUUUCACAUUAAUCCUCAGCUAUUGCUAACCAUACCGGAGAAACAGGAAAUUGUGGUGGCCCUCAAUCAACACACAGCAGUAGAGCCUAAAGUAAUAGGUUUCACUAUGUACAAAUUAAGCGGUGUGGCGGGCUCUAAGGUUAAUCAAAAGAUCACCGAAUGUUUACCCAAAGAAUUUUUCAAAACUCAAGUUAGUUUUCUUAAUUCGGAUUAUGGCAAUACCAGACAUGUGACUUGUCAUUGUCAGCUGGAAGUGGGACAAUAUGUACUAAUGCCCACCACCUAUGAACCGGGUGAAGAAUCUAGUUUUACUGUAAGAAUAUUGGGUACAGUACCCUUACGUUUGUCACUAUUAGAAACACAAACAUUAAUGCUGCUCGAUCCCUUCCCAGUGCUUAAGAAUGAAGCAGAUUCUACGAAAAUCAAAAACGUAUGUCAAUAUGAACCCGUUUUUAUGCAAUUGGCCGAUGAAAAUAAAACCAUUAAUUGUUUUGAACUGCAUGAGUUAUUGGAUGCCUGUUUGCCCAAUGAUUAUAUAAAAGGUUGCGCCAAUAUAGACAUUUGUCGCCAAGUUAUCGCUUUACAGGAUAAAACCGGCACUGGUCGUAUUAACUUCUUACAGUUUAAAACUUUUAUGGUGAAUUUAAAAUCCUGGCAGGGAGUUUUUAAAAUGUACACCAAAGAAAAAGCCGGCAUUUUAAGAGCCGAACGUUUGCGUGAUGCUCUCUACGAUGUGGGCUUUCAGUUAAGCACCGAUAUUAUGAAUUGCAUUAUGCAACGUUUCAUACGUAAAGAUGGCACUUUACGUUUAAGUGAUUUUGCUUCAGCAGUUUUACAUUUAACGGCAGCAUUUGAUUAUUUUCAACGUAAAGAUCACAAUCAGGAUAAUGUCAUUGAAAUCGAAAUGUCCGAUUGGAUUAAAUGUGUUUUACGUUGUUAACACUAGUUUUAUAAUAUGCUCGCUAUAUAUAUAUUCUAUAGAUCAGGUUUGAUUGUAGACAAAUUAUUGCAAAUAAGUUGAAAAGUUUUGAAAUUAUUUAGUUGUUAGAAGAGUUUUUCUUUUUUUUUGAAACAAACACCAGUAAGAUGACGUUUUAUUUAGUCUAAU